AUGGGGCUAGGUGAUUUGCCGACAGAGAUUCUGCUAGAAAUAGCAGACUUCUUGUACUGGUCAAGUGACCAAUAUUCCUUGGCUCAAACAAAUCAACGGUCGUGGGUGACGCUCAAGAAGUCUCUCUAUGUCCAUGCUCUCAGGCUGGCGGAAGAACCAGAAAACUGGGAAAGAAAAUGGGCUCAUGUGGGGUUACUCAUCGCGACUGCUGCACGAGCCGUAGAUGCUGAGAUGUUUUCGAAAUUGAUCGCAUUCAGAGAGAGCCCAGAUGAUUUUGCCGAAGAAUGUGAAGUUGCACUGGCCAACGCAAUUUCACAUGGCCAAAUUGAACUGGCAAAAGCUGUUCUUGGGAGCGGAGUGCAUUUGAAUCUUUCAAAUCUCCACAUACAGACAGAUUCCGGCAUCCUCUGUGACAUGCCAGCCUUUCACGCUGCAGCCUAUAAGGGUCAAGUAGACAUGAUCAGAUUGCUCUUUGACCGCGAUGCCGACCCAUAUGUCAAGGAUCGGCAAGGUUUCAUGCCGUUGUGGAUCGCAACAUUCUAUGGAAUGACUGAGGUGAUGCGGGUUUUACUGGAAUUUGGCGUCAGAGCCGAUGGCCGAGAUCAAGAUGGCCAUGAACAUGAGCCAAUACCAGCCGAUCUCUUUUUGAUUGUAUUCCAGGAGAAGCUUGAAGAAUACAACGAGGGAAUGUAUCUCGUUCCGGGAGGCCAACCCCGUUUGAACUCCCUUGUACCUUUUGCGUUGCUGCUUGUCUGGGCGCGGAGGAAUCUGUCAGGGUUUUACUGGAUCACGGAGCGGAUCCAAACAUCCAGGAUGGUGCAACCGGCGAUAUGCCACUACAUCUGGCAGUAUUGA